AUGACAGAGCCACCUCAAGAAGCAAGUGAGCCUGCCAAAUUGAUUAUUCAAAGCAGCAGCAGAUGUAAAAAGCUUACCUCCCAUCUUUGUGAUAGUGAGAUCAGGAUGGCCUGUUCAUUAACUAUCUAUCUCAGCCUGUUCAUUAACUAUCUAUCUCAGCCUGUUCAUUAUCUAUCUAUCUCAGCCUGUUCAUUAUCUAUCUAUCUCAGCCUGUUCAUUAUCUAUCUAUCUAUCUAUCUCAGCCUGUUCAUUAUCUAUCUAUCUAUCUAUCUAUCUCAGCCUGUUCAUUAUCUAUCUAUCUAUCUAUCUCUCAGCCUGUUCAUUCUAUCUAUCUCAGCCUGUUCAUAUCUAUCUAUCUAUCUAUCUCAACCUGUUCAUUAUCUAUCUAUCUAUCUAUCUAUCUCAGCCUGUUCAUUAUCUAUCUAUCAUCUAUCUCAUCAUUAUCUAUCUCUAGCCUGUUCAUUAUCUAUCUAUCUAUCUCAGCCUCAUAUCUAUCUAUCUCAGUCUCAGCCUUUCAUUAUCUAUCUAUCUAUCUCUCAGCCUGUUCAUUAUCUAUCUAUCUAUCUCAGCCUGUUCAUUAUCUAUCUAUCUAUCUCAGCCUGUUCAUUAUCUAUCUAUCUAUCUAUCUCAGCCUGUUCAUUAUCUAUCUAUCUAUCUAUCUAUCUAUCUCGGCCUGUCUUUUUCUCAUAUGUAAAAAAAAUUUAUAGGUCUUUUUCUCAUAUGUAG